AUGCCAUCUCAUUUCGAUACUGUUCAAUUACACGCUGGUCAAGAGGACCCUAGUGACAAUGCUCACAGAACAAGAGCUGUCCCAAUUUACGCCACUAGUUCUUACGUCUUUGAAAACUCUAAGCAUGGUUCUCAAUUGUUUGGCCUAGAAGUGCCAGGUUACGUUUAUUCUCGUUUCCAAAAUCCUACCAGUAAUGUUUUGGAGGAAAGAAUCGCUGCUUUAGAAGGUGGUGCUGCUGCUUUAGCCGUUUCCUCUGGUCAGGCUGCCCAAACUCUUGCCAUUCAAGGUUUGGCUCACACUGGUGACAACAUUGUCUCCACUUCUUACUUAUAUGGUGGUACUUACAACCAAUUCAAAAUCUCAUUCAAAAGAUUCGGUAUCGAAGCCAGAUUUGUCGAAGGUGACAAUCCAGAAGACUUCGAAAAGGUCUUCGAUGAAAGAACCAAGGCUGUUUACUUGGAAACUAUUGGUAAUCCAAGUUAUAAUGUUCCAGAUUUCGAAAAGAUUGUUGCCAUUGCUCACAAACAUGGUAUUCCAGUUGUUGUUGAUAACACAUUCGGUGCUGGUGGUUUCUUCUGUCAACCUAUUAAGUACGGUGCUGAUAUUGUAACACACUCUGCUACCAAGUGGAUUGGUGGUCACGGUACCACCAUCGGUGGUAUUAUUGUUGACUCUGGUAAGUUCCCAUGGAAGGACUACCCAGAAAAGUUCCCACAAUUCUCUCAACCGGCCGAAGGCUACCACGGUACUAUAUACAACGAAGCCUACGGUAACUUGGCUUACAUUGUUCAUGUUAGAACUGAACUGUUAAGAGAUUUGGGUCCCUUGAUGAACCCAUUUGCCUCUUUCCUACUACUACAAGGUGUCGAAACAUUAUCUUUGAGAGCUGAAAGACACGGUGAAAAUGCCUUGAAGUUGGCCAAAUGGUUGGAGCAAUCUCCUUACGUAUCCUGGGUAUCCUACCCUGGUUUAGCAUCUCAUUCUCAUCAUGAAAACGCUAAAAAGUAUCUAUCAAACGGUUUCGGUGGUGUCUUAUCCUUCGGUGUUAAGGACUUGCCAAACGCUGACAAGGAAACUGAUCCAUUCAAACUUUCCGGUGCCCAAGUUGUUGACGGUUUGAAGCUUGCUUCCAACUUGGCCAACGUUGGUGAUGCCAAAACUUUAGUCAUUGCUCCAUACUUUACCACCCACAAGCAAUUAAAUGACAAGGAAAAGUUGGCUUCUGGUGUCACCAAGGACUUGAUUCGUGUAUCUGUUGGUAUCGAAUUCAUUGAUGAUAUUAUUGCAGACUUCCAACAAUCUCUUGAAACUGUUUUCGCUGGUCAAAAACCAUAA